UCUUGAAGCCACUCACUCUUGAUUCUUGACAAGUGUGAUUUUGUGUAUUGUCUCUCCCAAAGUAGAAAAGCUAUAAAAUAAUAAACAGAAAAAAAGAAUCCCACUUUUGAUAUCUUCCAAUUAUAUUUCUCAUUCUCUUAUUUUCUAUAAGCAGAAACAAACUUUCACUUCUCUCUCUUUUUUCUUCAGCUUAGUCUCUCUUUGCCUCACCAUUUUUUGCUCAUGUGUUUGUUGGACUUGAUCUACCAAACUUGAAUCUAUCCCUUUUAUAGUACCACUCUCACCAUGACAAGCAGCUAAGUCCUUCUUUCUCCCUUCUCUCUGUUUGGUUUGAUUAAUGAUCUAAAGAACCUUAUCUCUUUGAUUCAUAUAAUAAGAGCAAAACCCUAGGUCAGAUUCCUUCUUCUUUUUCUUCUCUACUUCACAAACUCAUAAACAAGAUAAGCUAUGGAGUUGAUCUCAUCGCACCAAGCAAACAAGAACCCUAACACCUCCACACAACUAACACCACCUUCCCCAAGCCGGUACGAGAACCAGAAACGCCGUGACUGGAACACCUUCUGCCAAUACCUCCGAAACCACCGUCCUCCGCUCUCUCUCCCGUCGUGCAGCGGCGCACAUGUGCUCGAGUUCCUCCGCUACCUCGACCAGUUCGGGAAAACAAAGGUUCACCACCAAAAUUGCGCCUUCUUCGGCCUCCCAAACCCUCCCGCGCCUUGCCCUUGCCCUCUCCGACAAGCCUGGGGCUCACUUGACGCCCUCAUAGGCCGCCUCCGUGCCGCCUACGAGGAGAACGGUGGCCCUCCUGAGGCUAACCCCUUUGGCUCACGCGCCGUGAGGUUGUUCCUCCGUGAAGUCAGAGACUUCCAGUCCAAAGCUCGCGGUGUUAGCUACGAGAAGAAGAGGAAGAGAGUCAACAGGCUGAAAACGCAAACGCAGCCGCCUCUCGCUCUUCAGCAACAGCAGCCACAACAAGGUGAGUCUAUGAUGGUUAAUUACUCGGGUGCAACUGUGUGAUCAUAUUCAUAUAUAUAAAAAAAAUCUAUAUUAAUUUCACAACUUAAAUAUGUAUUGUUUCUUAUUUGCUUCCUUCUCAUGUGCUACUUUUUACAAUUAUCCUCGGAUGCUGUUGUUGCUUUUGUGGUUGUUUAUGAAUAAGAUUAAUUAUGAUUAUUGACGCUAGAGUGUUUGAUCCUUAAUGUUUUUAUGAGUUUUAUUUUUAUUUAACUUCCAACCAUGAGCCUGAGGACUAUUCGAUGUUGAUUUAUGGCACACUUAGGGUUCAUGUGUAUUAUAUUAGUAUGUUGUAUGAUGAUCACAGGAGGCACAUUUAUGUAUAGCUCUGUUAAGAUUUUAAGACGAUGUUUAAUCAUUUCUU